GAUAUACCAAACCCAAGGCUGCCAUCCCGGUGUAACCUCAGAUUCCCGGGGAGCCGUUUAAAAACCAGCCAGCCCCGCGCGCCCAUGCAGAAUCAAAUUAAACCCAGUUGAUUGAUUUCCGUCAGCAGCCAGCAGGUAGCCGCCAUGGCGAUCAUCGGGAACUACCACCACUCCGUCAUAGCCUCGCGCGUGGCCAUGUUCGCGCACCUGGUCUUCCUCGUCACCGCCGUGCUUAUGCUCGUCUGGCUCCUGCGCUUCCGCGGCGGCAUCAACAUUCAGUCCGAUGACCCCGACCAGAUCUUCAACGUCCAUCCUUUUGUGAUGACAUGGGGGUUCAUUCUUCUUAUUGGAGAAGCCAUACUGGCGUACACGACGGUCCCGAUGAACCACCGGGCGCAGAAGGUGGUGCACAUGCUGGUGCACCUGGUGGCCUUCAUCCUGGGCGUCUUCGGCAUCUACGCGGCGUUCAAGUUCCACGACGCGGCCGUGGCGCCGGACCUGGUGAGCCUCCACUCGUGGCUGGGCAUCGCCGCCAUCUCCCUCUUCGGCCUGCAGUGGCUCGUCGGCUUCGCCGUGUUCUGGAUGCCUGGCACGCACGAGCACGCGCGCGCGGCCGCGGCGCCGGCGCACGUCAUGGGCGGGCUCGCCGUGUUCCUGCUCGCCGUGUGCGCCGCGCAGACGGGGCUCGUCCAGAAGGGCGCCGCCGCCGCGCCAGGCACCGAGGCCAGGCUCAUCAACGUCACGGGCGUCUUCAUCCUACUCUACGGGGUCGCCGUCGCGUCCGCCGUCGCGCUGCGCAAGGCAUUCUUGUAGAUGGCAUGGCAUGGCGCCGUUGCCGAUCGCGCUGUACAUUUGUUUGAUUGAUCGGGUGCGUUUUCGCCAUUUAUGUAUACGGCUGGGUGGUUUGCGUGGUGUGCGAUGCAUACUGUGUGUGUUCGAUUCGUCCACGGAGAGAUUUGAGACAGAACAAUUGGAUUUGUAAGGCUUAUGGAUUUGUCAUUGGUCUUCUUCGCUUAA